GAGCGAUCUUGCUAGUCUAUCCAUACACUCACUAUUGCCUGAACCUUUGGUUUUAAAAAGUAGCCUUGACUCUCUUUUAUUCAAUUUCCACUGUCUGCAUGCUGCCUUCUGAUCAAUUCAACAGCCCUGCUGCUUUGCCAUCCACUGCUCCCAAUGCAUUGGCAUUGCUGUCGGAUAUACAGGCUCAUGCCUCUGACAGUGCUUCUCAUGGCACAAUUGGUGUUGCUGGCGAUGAUGACUUUGACUAUGAAUCAUUACCAGAUUCAUCCAUGGCAAUAAAUCUGCUUGCUGGUGCAUUUGCUGGUAUCACUGAACAUGUUGUGACCUAUCCUAUGGAUGCCAUCAAGACCCGCAUGCAAUUUUUUAGCUCUACCCAACUGUAUUCGACGCUUGUCCAAUCUGUUGCCAGAGUCUAUACUACAGAAGGAUUUGGCGCGCUAUGGAGAGGAAUGUCAUCCGUUGUUUUGGGUGCUGGCCCCUCUCACGCUCUAUAUUUUUCGGUUUAUGAGCAUUUCAAAGGGAUUUUUCAUACUUGGGACAAUACUACUCAUCAGCAUAUGUCACAUGCUGCCGCAGGUGUCAUGGCCACUAUUGCUCAUGAUGGAUUUGCUACUCCAUUUGAUGUAAUCAAACAACGCAUGCAAAUGUCUCCAGUCAAUACCGGACUUUUUGCUUCUGGAAUGAACGUUUUUCGCACAGAGGGCAUUGGCGCCUUUUUUGUCUCAUACCCUACCACACUCAUGAUGUCCAUUCCAUAUCAGAUGAUCCAGUUCUCGACUUACGAAUAUUUUCGCAAAGUGCUAAAUCCAGCCGGCCAUUAUGAUCCUUAUUCACAUAUUGUAGCAGGAGCAAUCGCAGGUGGAGCCGCAAGUAUGGUCACUAAUCCACUAGAUGUAGCAAAAACACUUUUGCAAACGCGUGGACUUGCUUCGGACUCGGCAUUGCGGCAGGCAUCUGGAUUGAUUGAUGCAUUUAAAAUCAUUUACCAACGAAACGGAUUAGCUGGCUUUACUAGGGGCAUGCAGGCUCGCGUUGUUGCUAAUGCACCUGCUACUGCUAUAUGUUGGACCACUUACGAGUUUUUAAAGCGAACCAUCAUUACUUCAACAGCAUCCACCAAUACUUCCAACAUCACCGCCAGUUUAUAGCUGUAAGAUCCAAAUAAAGAAACCUUGGGUCCACUUUUUAGAUUCAAGUG